AGAGUGACUGAGUAGCCAGCAGGGGAGAGGUUAAGGCAUCAGCCACCCCACACAGGGCAUUAGCUUCCUCCUGUCUGAAGAUGUUCCACCAAGUUUGGGCAGCUCUGCUCUAUCUCUAUGGCAUUCUCCUUAACACCAUCUACCAGUGCCCUGAGCACAUUCAACUGACAACUCUAGGAAUGGAUGGGAAAGAGUUUCCAGAGCCCCACCUGGGCCAGUGGUACUUUAUCGCAGGGGCAGCUCCCACCAAGGAUGAACUGGCAACUUUUGAUCCUGUGGAUAACAUUGUCUUCAACAUGGCUGCUGGCUCUACCCCGAUGCAGCUCCAGCUUCGUGCUACCAUUCGCACGAAAACUGGGCUCUGUGUGCCCCGGAAAUGGACCUACCACCUGACUGAGGGAAGCACUGAUCUCAGAACCGAAGGUCGCCCUGACAUGAAGACGGAGCUCUUUUCCAGUUCAUGCCCAGGUGGAAUCAUGCUGAAAGAGAUGGGUCAGGGUUACCAGCGCUUCCUCCUCUACAAUCGCUCACCACACCCUCCAAAACACUGUGUGGAAGAAUUCCAGUCCCUGACCUCCUGCCUGGAUUCCAAGGCCUUCUUACUAACUCCCAGGGAUCAAGAGGCCUGUGAGCUGUCCAGUAACUGA